GGCAACCGCGGGUGAGCCGGGUGAGAAAGCGCGGGAUUCCACGGCCGGGUGUUAGAUUUUGUAACUACCUCUGGACUAUUUGCUUUGAGAAGCAGAAAUUUAUUUAACUAUGGCUCACUCUCCCCAAGAAGAGCUGGAUGAAGAAUUUGAACAGUUUAUGAAAGAGCUUUCAGAUGAUUCUUUUGAAAAUAUAAAUAAAAUGCCCAAACAGCCUGCAGAAGAAAGGAAGAAGAAAGACACCGUGCCUUGGUGGAUAACUGGUGAUGAUUUUGAAGAUGAUGGACUGCUUGGAGCAAAUGUAAGCUACCUGAAAUUGAAGACUUCUCAGCCUAUUGUGGAAACAGAAGAGGAGUCUCCUGAAAACAUUAAGUUUCUUAAGAGCAGUGGGACCUCUGUCUUAAGUGUUGACAGCUUAGAAGCAAAUGAAGCAGUAGUAUCUGAUCUCCAUCACAGUGUGUUUGGGUUGGGAUUGGACACAUUAGAAGAACAAGAGGAAAAAGAGCAAUUUUUUGCCAGACUUGAGAAAGGCUUGACUUCUUCCAUUGAUUAUUCAAGACUAAAUAAGGAAUUGGAUUCUAAUGACUCCACACAAUUGAAAGCCUUUCAAAGUUACCAUGCUAACAUACAGCAAACUGAAGAGGAACAUAAGAGUGAAUUGAAGCAGGAAGAACUGCCAGAAAGUUACAGUGAUGAUUUUGAAGAUAUAGAGAAUAAUGAAGUUCCUUUGAUGAGUAAAGAUGAAGAGACUUAUUCUGAAGAAAAUCUCCAAAUGGAAAGACUAGAUGUACCCAAUCAAAAAGAAGAGAAAAUUGGCAUGCUGGCGAAUGUUGUACUGCUUGAUUCUUUAGAAUCUGUUGAAGAGGCCAAUAGUGAUAGGCGAGAUAAAGCAACACCACAGGCCCUCCCAGAAGCCACUGAUAAUGAAAUGACAGCAACAGGUGUUUCCCACAGACAAAGCAAUAGUGACAUUGAAGCACUUCAUCAAGCUUACUGUCAUGUGGCCCAUUCCUUAGGAGAUACAGAGGAACAAGCAGUUGAGAGUAACACAAUAGAAAAUACCAAAAGCUCUGCAAAAGAUCACCCUCAAGAAAAUGAAGAGUCUUCAAAACACAUCUCUACUACUGAAUCUGAUCUACCCACAGUAGAGGAGCUGAUGAAACCUAUCAGGAUAGACUCCUGCGGGGCCAGAGUUUUUGAUUUACAAUCUGUCAGCUCUAAGAAAGUAGCUGAUAGUAGAGAAAGUGAAUAUGUUACUUCUUUACCCCUUAAGAUGAAUACAAAUAUUGUCUCUCAAGACCCAAGUCAUGCCAAUCAACUUUUUGAAAAAAAUGAUGAGAUUAUGACUUUACAAAAGAAAACAAAUGGGAAUACAGAAAAUAGCAGUCCAACAGUAACUAAUAUGAAAGAACAUGUUGAUAACAUUGAUAAAAUGUACCUUCAUAUUUUGAGGAAAAAGAUAUCUGUUAAUUCCUCAUUAUCUCAAGAUGGCAAAACUCAUAAAGCUUUCAGAUCUCAGCUCACUUCUGAAGAAGGGGCUAUAAUUGGUAAGCAGAUAUUGUAUAAGAAGGCCAGAAGUGCACCUCCUUUGCUUAAAAGAAAACCCCAGAGUGGAUUAUUUACAUCAGUUAGGAGCUCAGGCUAUGGCAAACCCAACUCACCACUCAAGUUCUCGACUUUUGAAAAGAAAACUUCAAAGGAUGUUGUGAAAAGCAAAAACUUGAGAUCCAUUCCCACCUCAAAUCAAGCUAGGAAAAAAGAAAUCUUAUCUGGAACUAAAGUCAUCAAACCCACAGCUGUGAAUAGAUCGAUUCCUAAAAGGGAAAAUUGCCUGGCUACUCCCAAGAAGCAUGAAGAUCUGACUGCCACUGAGUCUUAUGUUCAGUUUCAGACUGAUUCCUUAGGGUACUGUUGUGGGAACAAGGAGAAAGAAUUAUUUAUGUUUGAAAGAGUUCAGGAAGCAGAGGAAAAAUGGAGGAGUGCACAAGCCCUAAUUGAGCAAAUUAAAAUCACAUUCUCAGAAAAAGAGAAAGAACUGGAAAAUCAGCUAGAAGAAUUAAAGUUACAACAGGAAAAAGAACUCUUCAAAUUGAAUCAAGAAAAUUAUAUUCUUCAAGCCAAGUUAAGCAGCUUGGAAGAAACAAGCAGGAAACAAAGGUGGUUGCAGUUUGGAGAAACAGCUGAUCCUGUCACUGAAGAAAAGUUGAAGCAAAUCCAAAAAGAAAUAGAAGAACAAGAGACACUGCUUCAAGGAUAUCAGCAGGAAAAUGAAAGAUUAUAUAAUCAAGUAAAAGAUCUCCAAGAACAAAACAAGAAAAACAAAGAGCAAAUGUUUAAGGAAAACCAGACUUUAUUUAGUGAAUUAGCUUCUUUAAAAGAACAGAUGCACAAAUGUCAUUUGCUAUCUCAAGUACCAGAAAAUUCAGAGCCAGCCAGAAACCAGAGUUUUACAGAUCUGUUAGCAGAACUGCGGGGGGAACAGAAAGAAAAAAGCAAUUUGUUGGAAGAAAUCAAAAGACUGAAGCAAGACAAACAAGCUCUUGAAGUAGACUUGGAAAAAAUGAAGAAAGAGAGGGACCAGGCCAAAGAUCAGAUUGCUUAUACCACAGGAGAAAAAUUAUAUGAAAUAAACCUUUUAGAAGAAACACAUAAACAAGAAGUCAGCUGUCUACAAAAGAGAUUACAAUGGUAUGCUGAAAAUCAGGAACUUCUGGAUAAAGAUACCAUUCGGCUUAAGGAAGCAAAUGAAGAAAUUGAGAAGCUUCAGCUUGAGAUUGAGAAAUUGAAAGCUGAAUUUGGUACUCCAUCUACUCAGCAGAAGUUACAUUCAAAAGAUAGAGCAGUUGAUGCCAAAAGAAUUCAGGACCUAGAACGACAAGUUAAGGAAAUGGAAGGAAUUCUCAAGAGAAGAUACCCCAACUCUUUACCUACUUUAAUUCUGGCUGCUUCAGCAGCUGGUGAUGUAGUAGGUAGAAACACAGUGGAAUUUAUGGAAAAAAGGGUAAAAAAGCUAGAAGCUGAACUGGAGGGUAAAGAUGAAGAAGCAAAGAGAAGCCUUCGUACCAUGGAGCAACAGUUUCAGAAAAUGAAGAUUCAGUAUGAAAAAAGACUAGCAGAGCAAGAGCAGCUACUUGCCAACAAAUUAAAGGAAGAACCCCAGAAUCACCAUGAUACCAGGGUUAAGGAACUAGAGACAGAGCUCAAGGACAUUAAGGAAGCUCAUCUGACCACCGUGAGAAACCUUGAAACUGAAAUAGAUAUUCUUAAACAAAGGAAUGCUGAAUUAAAAUACAAGACAAAUGACAGCAAUGGUAAAGAUCUCCAGUCUAUAGAAUUGCAGGUAGAACAGGCCCAUGCUAAAGCAAAACUGGUAAGACUCAAUGAAGAACUGGCAGCAAAGGGAAGGGAAAUACAAGGACUUUCAAGAACUGUGGAGAGGCUUCAAAAGGAAAGGAGAAUGAUGCUGUCUAGUCAGAACUUGAAGGGAAAAGAGGAAUCAUCUUCAAGGGUGAAAAAAGAUACCUUGCCACCAAAUAGAGGAACUGCAAAGUACUUCCUUGAACCCUUGAGUGGCAAGCUGUACCAACCACAUAUUUUUACUGAUUCCCAUAUUUCAGAAGUUUUGCAGGAAAACUACAGAUUGAAAAAUGAGCUAGAGGGACUAAUUAUGGAAAGAAAUAAGCUGAAGAUAGAGUCUGAAGCAGCAGUGAGCCAGUUUGAAAACUCCAUGAAAAGGGUCAAAGAAGACACUGCAGCCCAUAUUGCAUCCCUCAAAGCAUCUCAUCAGAGGGAAAUAGAGAAGCUCCUUUGCCAAAAUGCAGUCGAAAAUUCCUCUUCCAAAGUUGCUGAACUGAAUCGCAAAAUAGCAACUCAAGAGGUACUCAUAAAACAUUUCCAAAAUCAAAUUAAUGAGCUUCAGAAUAAACAAGAGUCCCUUGCAGUUUCUCAAGUUCGAGAAGAAAUUUUACAAAAUGAGGUUACAAAACUCUUAGAAGAAUUGAGGGAAGCCAAAGAAAGCCAUACACCAGAGAUGAAACAUUUCAUGGGAUUAGAAAAGAAAAUUACACAGAUGGAAAUAAGGCACAAGCAAAGAGAACAAGAACUUCAGCAGAUAAUACAGAAAACACACCAAGUAGUAGAAAAUGAGCAAAACAAAGAAGUUGAGAAAUGGAAAAGACUUGCACAAUUAAAGAAUCGUGAGCUAGACACAUUCCGAACAGAACUAGACUCCAUAUUAGAUGUUCUUCGGGAGCUCCACCGCCAGGGGGUUGUGGUGCCAGUUGCUAUUGCAGACGAAGUGAAUGCUCCAGAAUUUUACUAGAAACUUGGAUUUUCUAUUACCUCAUUGAAAGCCCUGGAGAUGGAUGAAAUUAUACACCUUUUGAAAAAUAAGUAUUGCCAGAAGUAAACAGCAAAGCAGCAUUUGCUUUCGAAAUAAAUUACCCUUAAGCAACAAGGGAAAAGGAAACUAUCAAGAU